UAAAUUUGUGGGUUUUACUUGUAAGAAAUCUAAAUUUGUUUUACAUUAAUUAAUAACUAUUAUUUAUUGUUAUGUAGGAACCACCAAAAAAUACGUAAUAACAGAGAUGGUCAUCCACGCAUAGGGAUUGUUGGUAUGUUGCACAAAAUUUAAUUUAAAUAUGUGGAAAUAUAUGACCCGUCGUAUCCGAGAUACAUUUGAAAGAGGUGCUAAUCAUUUUGAUAAACGCGGUACCACGGGUGUUGUCAAUGCUGGAAAUAUAAAUGAAGAGAACAAAAAGACAGCAUCACCGUGCUCCUGGAUUAAGGCAAAAAGAUGUUUUGGACCUAGUCAAAGAAAUAACACUAACAACAAUAAUGGUUGGAACUUUGUUAAUCUUACUUCCAGUUGGAUGGAUGCCAUAACAUGGAGUGGUGCGUUGGUAAUUAGUUGGUACACAAGUCAAUUGAUUCAAUGGAAAUACAAAUAUUAUAUAAGGAGACACAAUGAAAGUGGUUCUUCUACUUUAUUGUCUACUUUGCAUCCAUACAUCAGUUCUGUAAACAAAAAUCCUGCAUACUUAAAAUCUGACUCUAAAAUAGAGAAACUGGUGGGUCACUUCACACCGAUAGUGCAUUUGAUUACAAAUGAGCAAGAUGUGCGGAAAGAAAGGAUUCAUAGUACCUCUAGUAGUUCUACUAACCUUGACUCAUCUAACGAUAUACUCGGAGAUGUACUUAAUUCUAUAGAGAAUAAGUUGGGUUUAGCUGCUAUAGAGAAUGGACAACUGCAAGAUGGUUUGAACUUACUGAGAUCUGCAGCAAAUCGUAGCUAUGCACCUGCUCUAUAUAACUUGGCAAUAUGUUAUGAAAUGGGUAUGGGUGUCAUUGCUGAUGAGAAGAUGGCGAUGGAGUUGUACAGAUCUGCUGCUGCACUUGAGCAUCCUGGGGCAUUAUACAAUCUUGGAAUUUAUUAUGGUCAAGGUCGCGGUGGACUUCCUCGUGACACUGUCACAGCCACGCGCCUAUUACGACUUGCAGCAGUGCAGGGCCAAAAGGAAGCAAUCGCAGCUCUUAAAUCUUUAAAUAUUGACACCCAAGAACCUUCACAUAACAAAACUAGUCACCAAUGGUUUUGCAAUCCAGGUGAUUCUCUACAUGACAAUAUUGUACCCAUACCUACUACACUUUUUGUUGAAAAUGUUAAUUAUUGUCCUAAGAAUAUAGAUGCAACUGUUUAUUAGUAAUUAAUGUUUUAAGUUGCCAUUAUAAUAAAAUAUGGGAAUGGUUUAAUUGGAUUGUUUUAUGCAGUUUAUUUCCAUUAAUUUGAAUUAUAUGUGUAAGUGUAGGUUUAAGAAUAACAGAUCUUCAUGGUUCUGUAUUAAACUAUGUAACAAAGUUCAAGCAACAAAUAUGUUCAUCUCAAAUUUUAUUGAAGUGUUUAGCUAUCUAGUUUUAAAUAUUAUUAACUGGUAUUGAUAAUAACCUCCUGAAGUUAGACACCCAUUUCUUCCUAGCUACGUCGUUAUGUCGGUAAGUGUAUCGAAAGAAAGCCAUACACAUUUUGUUCGCAAUGUCAUCUGAUGUGUCGAGCAUACCUCAAAGUCAUGAAUGCCUUAAUCUUCUAUAUUUUUUAAAGAUUUUUAAUUAAUGAAUAAGCAUUAGAAAAUAAAAAUUCAAAGAGAAUACGUUUGAUUUUAUUACU